AUGACUUUUAAACAUACUUACGUUACCGAAAAUAAGGAAAUCGUAAAUAUUCCUAAUGGUUCGGCUGCUUACAUCAUUGGAGAAAAAGGAUUUAACAUCAAGAAAAUUAAGGAAUUAUCGGGUGCGAAAAUUUCUAUCGUAGAAAACACGAAAGCUAUAAUCUAUGGAACAUUCUUACAACGCAAGAAAGCAAAAAUUCAUAUCGAGGAAUCGGCUUUAAAGUAUACGUCCAGACCUACAUUUGGAUCAUUUCUGCUAGCAACAGAUGAUAUAAAUAGAUUCGGCUCCAAAAACAUUAGAUAUCGAUUCGUCGAAUUUGUCGAUGAUGAUAAAAACAUCAUGAUUAAUCACUUAUGUACUCAAAAAUACAUUAUGGAAAGAAUCGGAGAGCCUAAUACUAGUAGAAGCACAGAUAAACUUGCAGAUAAAACAAGUGACAAAAAUUACAAGACAAUGGACACAUUUUAUAAAGCAUAUCGCACACAAUCAGCGCUAGGAUCAGGUUCAUUUGGCACUCUCGAUAAAUUAGAUGAAUGCCUUAAAACAAUUUUCGUCGAUCUUUACGAUCUUGGCACAAAUCCCUGCAAGUCUAGAUGCCAAAUCCAGCUUCACUUGUUUUUUGGUCGUCAAACAUUUCAUAGAGUAAACCCACAGGAGACUUUAAGUGUAGACGAUUUCUGUGAAAUUAAAAGACAUUCAGAAGAUAUUGGCACUUUAUUCACUCAUAAUUAUCCUUCGAUUUACGAGAAUAUUGGAAUAAUUAGUGAAAAGUUUAAGCUAAAACCAGACAUUUCUAACAAAGAUAAUAGAAGCAUCGAUAUUAUUUACGUGGAUAGUGAUCAACAAAGAAAGAAGAUAAAGUUAUUCUGGGAUAAAAAAGAAGAAUUAUGGAAAAUAGAGAAAGUUGUGAAAAAUAUGAAACGUCAUGCCAUAAUUAGUAUUAUAUCCGGAACAAAUACUCCUGAUUUGCGGUUUAUAGUGAAAUCAAAAUGCGACGUGUUUGUCAAUCCAAAAUUAAAGAAAAUUAUCAACGACCUGCAAAUGAAGAAGUCAAUUCCUGAUGAGAAUGGGAUGUUAUUUAAAUUAUCCGAUUUCGAAGGGAAGCUCGAUUGUAUUAGCGUUCGGCAAAAGAUCAAAAAUUGCUAUAGCAACGAUAAGUUUAGAAUCAUUAAAGUUUUAGAAACACAAGAAGUUAGAGGAUACGAUCAAUUCACCACAAAGCAUGUUUCUUUAAAAAGUCUCUGUUGGCAACAAGAUGACAGAAAAGUAACCAAAGCGAACUUUAAUAAUGAUACGUCUUCAAUUCACGAGGCUAUCAAAUUUGCUAGGGAAGUCGCAAAAUUGGUUGAUACGUUCAAAAAUUGA